AUGACGAAGCGCACAAAGAAGGUCGGCGUGACCGGCAAGUACGGCACUCGUUACGGUGCAUCCCUCCGAAAACAAGUCAAGAAGAUGGAAAUCACCCAACACUCCCGAUACAUCUGCACUUUCUGCGGAAAGAACGCGGUCAAGAGACACUCGGUCGGAAUCUGGCAAUGCAAGAGCUGCAAGAAGACUAUCGCUGGAGGCGCAUGGACUGUUUCAACUCCCGCCGCCGCCGCUACGAGGUCAACCAUCAGACGAUUGAGAGAAAUUGCGGAGGUGUAA